UUUUCGUGAUAAGUCCAUUAUCCUUACACUUUAUCUUGACGUAUAGAUAUAACAAAGACGUCUCCAUUUAUUGCUAAAUAUAACAAGUUCUCAGUCUUUUCUUUAAUCAUCCCAAUCAUUUUCUCAUCCAUCACUCAUGGUAGACCUAUAAACUAGAAGCAAACCCAUUAGGUGACCCAUUUUUCCCCCAGUUUGGCGUUUCAUGUGGUGGCUUUUCCCAUAUGGGCCUGAUCUCAUUCCAAUCAGCCAAUCUCUUCUCAACUUUACAGCUGGUUCCAGUGUUUCAGGAUUGUUUGAUUAGCCUAAGCUGAGUCAGGCUUGCCCCAUUACAAGCUCCUGCUGUGGGCCGGAUGCCCAUUACAAACUGUUCCUUCUUUCCCAGCAUUGUCAAUAGGAAAUUAGAAUUGCCACGUCAGAACCCCAGAGGGCUCAAAAAAAAAAAAAGUUCCUCCAUUGCUAACUCAGUAAGAACUGUAGGGUUUAAGGGUUUAGGGGCCUUGAGGAGAUUAACAAAGCAGAACACUUGAAGACUAUCUGGUAAGCAAUUUCUACAUCAACUAAACCCCAAUAUUUUCCACCUGAUAAUUUCAAUGCUUCAUCGUUUAAGUCGUAGAUUUUGCCCUAGAAAUCUCUACAUCACUCUGACACUAAACCCUAGCUCUUCAAGAAAAGUUAAUUCUAGCAAAAAUGGAAUCGAUAAGUGUUCCAUUACCUUCAGUUUUUUCAGCUCGUCAAUGGGUAUCGAUCAAAUUUCCCCCUUUGUUCCUUUAUUGAAAACCCCCAAAUUUGUUACAAACCCUACUUUUGUUAGAAGUUACUGUUCUCGUGAGUGGACCGAGGAUAUAGAGUACUUAGAUGAAUCGGGGACUGUUAUAUACUCCGGUAAAGGUAUUCGGUCUGUUGAGCCGGGGCUUGAUGAUCAUGUCAUGGUGGGUGGGUUAAAGAAGCCAAUUAUGAAUGCCUCAGCAGUUGCUAAGAUUGUUGAGGUUGUUAAGAGGUGGAAAUGGGGACCAGAAUUAGAGAGCCAAUUGGAUAAACUACAGUUUAUGCCUAAAAUGAUUCAUGUAACUCAAGCCAUGAAGGUUGUUAAAGAUAGUGAUGCAUCAUUGAGUUUGUUUAGAUGGGCUAAGAGACAAUCUUGGUAUGUUCCGAGUGAUGAGUGCUAUGACAUAUUGUUUGAUGGGUUAAAUCAAAGUAGAGAUUUUGAUGCGAUUCAGUCACUGUUUGAGGAGAUGGUUCAAGAGUCUAGUGAUAAUGGUGUUUCCUUGUUUACUGCAUAUAAUAGGGUGAUUCAGUAUUUAGCUAAAGCUGAUAAAUUGGAGGUGUCAUUUUGUUGUUUCAAGAAGGCUCAGGAGUAUGGUUGUAAAAUUGAUACACAAACGUACAAUGCUCUUAUGAUCUUAUUCUUGAAUAAAAGUUUGCCUUAUAAGGCAUUUGAGAUAUAUGAGAGCAUGCAAGCGGCAGGAUGUUUGUUGGAUGGAUCAACCUAUGAGUUGAUAAUACCUAGCUUAGCAAAAUCAGGACGUCUUGAUGCAGCUUUUAAGCUCUUCCAAGAGAUGAAAGAAAGGAAGUUUCAGCCAAGCUUUAGCAUCUUUACCUCACUUGUUGAUUCAAUGGGGAAAGCUGGGAGACUGGACACAUCAAUGAAAAUCUACAUGGAAAUGCAGGGAUCUGGGCUACGGCCAUCUGCUACUAUGUUUGUUUCUUUGAUUGAGUCCUAUGCAAAGGCUGGGAGGCUAGAUACUUCGCUUCGGCUUUGGAAUGAGAUGAAGAAUGCUGGUUUUAGGCCAAAUUUUGGCUUAUACACCAUGAUAAUUGAGUCUCAUGCAAAAUCAGGAAAGCUUGAAACAGCAACCUCUAUUUUUAAAGACAUGGAGAAAGCUGGAUUUCUACCCACUCCAUCUACCUACUCAUGUCUUUUGGAAAUGCAUGCAGCCUCUGGACAGGUGGAUUCUGCAAUGAAGCUUUAUAACUCAAUGAUAAAUGCAGGCUUGAGGCCUGGAUUGAGCACGUAUACUGCCCUUUUAACACUAUUGGCUAAUAAGAAACUUGUGGAUGUUGCAGCAAAAAUAUUACUUGAAAUGAAGUCCAUGGGAUUUUCUGUUGAUGUGAGUGCUAGUGAUGUUCUAAUGGUUUAUAUUAAGGAUGGUUCCAUUGAGCUUGCCUUGAAGUGGUUAAGGUUUAUGGGUUCAUCAGGGAUUAGAACAAAUAAUUUCAUAGUUAGGCAGUUGUUUGAAUCAUGUAUGAAGAGUGGUUUAUAUGAGUCAGCAAAGCCUCUCCUUGAAACCUAUGUGAGCUCCGCUGCAAAGGUGGAUCUAGUUCUUUACACAUCAAUUCUUGCCUAUCUGGUACGAUGCCAGGAAGAGCACAAUGAGAGACAUUUGAUGGAAAUCCUUGGUGCUACAAAGCACAAGGCUCAUGCUUUUAUGUGUGGACUCUUUACCGGCCCCGAACAGAGAAAACAACCAGUCUUAUCAUUUGUGAGAGAAUUUUUUCAAGGUAUUGAUUAUGAGUUGGAAGAGGGGGCUGCAAGGUACUUUGUCAAUGUUCUCCUCAAUUACCUUGUUCUCAUGGGACAGAUAAACAGAGCUCGCUGUGUUUGGAAAGUCGCCUAUGAGAAUAAGCUUUUCCCAAAGGCAAUAGUUUUUGAUCAGCAUAUUGCUUGGUCUCUUGAUGUUAGAAACUUGUCAGUGGGAGCUGCUCUUAUAGCUGUCGCGCACACCCUCCACAGAUUUAGGAAGCGAAUGUUGUAUUAUGGAGUUAUCCCUAGGCGCAUCAAAUUGGUUACAGGACCCACUCUGAAGAUUGUGGUUGCACAGAUGCUGAGCUCUGUAGAAUCCCCAUUUGAAGUAAGUAAGGUUGUUUUAAGGGCACCCGGGGACUCUGUGAUGGACUGGUUUAAAAAGCCAAUUGUUCAGCAAUUCCUUUUGAAUGAGAUUCCAUCAAGGGCUGACAUCCUCAUGCACAAGCUGAAUAUACUUUUUCCCAGUUCUGCACCUGAAAUUAGAUCAUUGUCCCCGCCUAAACCUCUCAUUGCAGGGAAGGCAAUGUAACCAUGUAUGAAAUUUAGCUGGGAGUGCAGAGGCUACCUAUGUGUGAAGCCUGAUUGUAAGGUGCUGGUUUAUUUUCAUCCUCAUUCUUUUUCUCUUUUUUUUUUUUUUAAAUUUAUAAAUUCAGUUUAACAUAUCGUCCAAAGAGGAAUAAGAUGUUUAUAGUCUUUGGUCAUAGCCUGAUAUCCUUAUUAAUACAAGAGGUUUUUUGGUUUGAGU